AUGAACUUCCUAAAGGGUAUCGUUGACGGUAUCCUUGCCGAAGAUGUUGAGAAUGAUGUGCCUCAUAGUUUAGGCUAUCGCUCUAUGGAUGGUGAUUUCCAUUCUGAUCAUGACCAUGUAAUGAGACACACGGACGUCCAUUCUCGUGCUCUUGACGAUGUAUACCGUGAGUCACGUAGAGAAUGUAUAGCGUCACUAGUCUUACGUUAUGGUGAGGGAUGUGUACAGCAGCUCAAUGCUGUAUUGAAAACCAAUAAUGAAACUGUUGAGAAGCUUACACAACAGUUGGAUGAAGCAUAUCAGUCUCUUGGUGAUUUCAACAAAGAACUUGAGGUUUUAGCACAUGAGAACCUGGCGUUACGUAAAUAUAAUGCAGAUCUUAAUAAUCAGAUCGAGUUGUUAAGUUCUGAGAACGUAGGUUUGAAGUCUGUACUUGCUCAGGCUGAAAUCGAGACUAAGGCACAGGAAGCUCGAAUAUCUGCCAUGAACGAGCUACUUAAGGAUAACGCAGCUACCUUCAAUGUCAUGAAGCAUCGUUGUGCUGAGGUUGCUGAGUACAGCGCUAAGAUUGAGGGUUUGAAAGCUCAUCUUAAGAUGGCCAAUGACCAGAUCAAUGCAUUAAUAAAAGAACGCGAUUCGUUACUUACAUCGUUACCAGAUCCCGAAUAUCGCAUGAGUGAGGCUUUGCGCAGGCAAGAUCGAGCUAUCGCCAUAGCUAAAAUGAUGGCACAGGUUGCGUUUCAUCACGCUGCCAAAUCUCAGGUUUGUAGAGAGCCGGAACCUGUUACUGACCACCAAUAUUACGCGGACACUCGUCGGCAGUUAGCUGAUUUAAGUGCCCAUGCAGAUCGUCUUAGCGAUGAGAAUGCUCAUCUCAAAGAUGUCAAUGAGAAGCUUCAUAAUAUGUAUGCAGAUUUGAGCAGAAGUUCCAAACAACUAAAGGACUCAUUCCUCAUGGAGGCCAUAGAUGCGUUUGGGAAGUUGCAGCAUAAGAAGCUACCACCGCUUCAGCUGAUAUUUAUUCAGCCUACUAGGGUUCUUGAUUUGGAGCUUGAUAUGGACUUUGUGAAUUCCUCUUUGGCGAGUUCUAGUCACCAGGUGCCAGCACAGAGCGCUGUGCAAUCAUCGUUGUCAUCACAUGAACCUAGAAGGAUGAUGCAGCCAUCGCCAGUCGAAAGAGAUGUGGUUUCACAGGUUGAUUUUUCGAGUCGUCGUGUACCCAACCCUAACGUUACCUGCCGGAGUCCUGGUACUCCAUCUCCCGCAGUGUCAUCUGCGAAGCAAUCUUGGGAGGAGGAUUUAGAUAUUUAUGACGAGAUAUUGCGUGACGAGCCGUCAUCUUCUAUAACACCGCCUGCCGAAGAGCCGGUAUUACCCAAUGAGGAACCACAGCCUACCACGUUUCCCAAUAGUGUAUCACCUGCUACCGUACAACCAGUUGUGGAGCAUAAGCAAGGUGCUGUUCCAAGCAUUUUUUCUGCCGGUGUCAAGGUUGACCUCGAGAAGAGCAAGCAGGCAUGGAAUGACGAUUUGGACGAGUUACUUAAAGACAAUAUUUAA